UCCUCGCUCUGUCCCUGCCCCGGCGCUGUCGCAGCGGGGUUGGCUCCCGUGGGAAGGAUUCCCAUGGAUCCCAAGAUCCCGGAGGAGAUCCAGAGGCUCCUGGAAGACGUUCACCUUUACCUGGCCGAGGGGCUUCGGGCCGAGCCCCUGAGCGCCGGCGCCCGCCAGCAGCGGGACGCGAUUCUCGGCGCCUUCCGGAGGAUCCGAGCCAGGUUCCUCCUGGAAUUCCCAUCCCGAGGAGAGGAUGAGCACGAUGGCCAGGAUGGCUCGGAUGAAAAUCCCAGCUGGAAUUUGGGCCCUUCCUGGAUUUCUGAGGCCUCGUUCCCAGCAGAAUUCCGGGAUGAGGGCCUGGAAGAGAUCCCAAGGCCCGUCCAGGAUUCCGGGAAUAUUUUGAAGCAAGGAUACCUGGAGAAGAGAUCCCGAGAGCCCAGCUUUUUCGGCUCCGAGUGGCACAAGCGCUGGUGCGUCCUCACCCAAAGGAAUUUCUUCUACUACGCCAACGAGAAAAGCAAGCAGCCCAAAGGCUCCUUUCCCAUCGAGCGCUACCAGGCCCGCUUGGCUUCCCAGCUCCGGAAAGAUUCCCGGAAAAAAUGCUGCUUCGAGCUGCUGUGUCCCGGAAAACGCUCCUAUGAGUUCACAGCUCCGAGCCCGGCCGAGGCCGCGGAUUGGGUGGAGCAGAUCCAGUUCCUCCUCAGGGACCUGAGCUCCCUGACCAUUCCCUGCGAUGAGGAUGAGGAGGAGGAGGAGGAGGAAGAGGAGGAGGAGGAGCUCUCCAAUGACCUGGACGGCUCCGAUUCCAUGAACAAUUCCCACAAUUCCACCCUGAUCCCGGAGGAGCCGAGCCCGGAGCUGGAAGGCGACGACAUCUACGAGGUGCUGCCAGAUGAGGAGCUGGAGCCGCCAUUCCCGGAGGACGAGGAGGAUUUUGGCGGCGAGAAGGGAAAUUCCCGCUGGGAUUGCUCCAGCUUUUACCAGGGGCUCUGGGACUGCCAUGGGGAGCACCCGGACGAGCUCUCCUUCCGCCGCGGCGACCUCGUCCGCGUGCUCAGCAAGGAGUACCCCGGGCACGGCUGGUGGGUCGGGGAGCUCCGGGACGAGAUCGGGAUCGUCCCGAGGGAAUUCCUGGCGCCCGCCUUCGAGCUGGAGGAGUGACAGGCGGGACCGGGAGCGGCGGGGGCAGCGCGGGGCCAGCGCCAGCCCGGCGUGGGUUUUUUCCUGGAUUCCAAAUCCCACAAAUCCCAUGGGAUUCACGUGGCAGAGCCACCUCCGUGGGACCGAGCGGUUUUAUCCCAAAAAUCCCUCAGGGAAGCAUUCCAUGGGGAAACUGAGGCACGGGGCGGGGUUGGGAACGGGGAGGGCUCAAUCCCAAAUCCCCUGGAGGUCUCCCACCCUCGUUCUCUCGCUUUUCCCGGGUCCAUCCCAAAUCCCCUGGAGGUCUCCCACCCUCGUUCUCUCGCUUUUCCCGGGUCCAUCCCAAAUCCCCUGGAGGUCUCCAGGUGUUCCCCCAUCCCAGAUCCAGGUUUUAGCCCAUCCCAGAUCCCGGGGGUUCUCCUCAAUAAAUCCCUUUUUCCUCUCCAA